UACCUCUCAUCACGUUAUUCCGUGUUGUUCCCGUCGUUGCUUUUUAUUCCACUCUUUUCUUUUUUCCUAUUGUAAUAACAUCCAUCCACCAUCCACCAGCUUGAAAUCACCCCAUCUGCAAGCUUGAUACUCUCCAUCUUGCUUUUAGCUCAGAUCAAGAUGCUGUCUCACUCCUCCACAGUUGUUUUCGAACACAUCAUUUAAUUCCCCGUCAGAGAGUAUUUGUCCUUUUGAGGUUCUUAGCAGCAUGAAAAAGGGAUUCUAUUACAGGCAUCGCUAAAUAACAGCUGACAGUAACUUUGACACCACGGCAUAUCUCUCUCGUUAUCAGGCCGUUCUGGGCUAUCGAUGAUCUCGUCAAGAUGACAGACCACGGUGGAGAUGCCCCAACUACCUCUCCGCCAAUAUACCAACUUCCGGAAUGGGAGACGAUAACCCAUCCCCCCAAGCCUCGUCAGUCGUUGUUAGGCCGUAUUCUUCCUUCGAGAGGUGAUAUUCUAGACGAACCAUCAUCUGCUUCAGCGCCACGGCCCACAACCGCCGAUCUUGAGCAUGCCAAAGAAGAGUCUGGUCGAGCGUCUACGCUCCCAGUACAUACUUCAUCCACCGUCGGGGAUACUACUUCAAGACCCAAACUCGCUUUUUCGUUGCGCAGACGUUUAGAUUCAGUGCUUCCUCCACAUCGAACUUACUUCGGACGUUCGCGACGCUUUCUGCUUCUUUGCGUACUCCUACCUCUAGCUAUCUUUCUCUUUGUUCUUACCCCGCUAGCCAUCGGCCUGGGCGUUGGCCUGUCGCGCCGCUCGUCUAAGACCCAAAACUUACCUCUUCCAAACAACAAGAGUGUAUUUACUGGGGACUUGACGUACUACGAACCUGCCCUAGGUGCUUGUGGCGUACAGUCAUACAGCGGUGAGAAUAUCGUGUCCGUAUCUCACACUAUCUUCGAUGCCGCGAGUCAGGGGUCUGAUCCGAAUGCGAAUCCGCUUUGCGGGAUGAAAAUUAGAGUCACGAGGAAUUUCGUCGAAGCCGGUAUAGGGAACCGGAGCGUGGAUGUCACUGUGGUGGAUCGAUGUGUCGGCUGUGCGGCUACAGAUCUAGAUCUAAGUCCCGCCGUGUUCGAGCAACUGGCACCCCUAGGUGCUGGGAGGGUGGUUGGUAGUUGGGCGUGGGUGAGCUAAAGUGCAUGCAUGUAUGAGAUCUGAUUACGAGAGAUGACGGGCAUAAUCUCUUCUGUUCUGAGGGCGUUACGUGUAAAGGAGUUCGGCUACGGGUGGCAUAUUAUACCCUUUCCGCCUGGCAUAAUUUCGGCAGAUGUCAGGAGUGUACGAGUGAUCAAGGUACAAUUUAAAUUAAGUUGAGAACAAAUGAAAAACGUAUACCUUUAAUGAUAAUUCGCCAGAGUACCUACCUAGGUUAAGUAGGUAUCCAA